AUGGAUAAUCUUCCAAGAGUGAGACAGUUUUCCCGUACUAUGAACCACAAUAUUCCGGUCAGUCGUAAGCAUCAUGUGGUCUCCGGUCCUUCCGUUCAUGUAUGGAAAGCCAAGCCUGAAGAGCACAAGGAUCGGAGGAACGACAAAUUAUUGGAGAAGAAGAGGAGCAGCAAAGGGAAAGUCAUUCCUUUUCCUUUAUGUUCAUCUGACCAGAAACCAUUUUGCACUACAGCGAUGAUCAAGAAUAUUCCCAAUCAGUUCCGGAGGACUAAUUUGGUGACCAUAUUGAGAAGCCACUGCAAGGAGGAAAACAAAAAGUCUCGGUACAAAUCUGAGUUCGAUUUUGUGUAUUUGCCAAUGGAUUUCCAGCAAUACUGGGAGAAGAAGAGGGUUGUAAAUCUGGGUUAUGCCUUUGUCAACUUCACCAGUUAG